UCAAGCCCGCGUGACAAUGUGGGAGGAGGGGUCGAACUCCAGGGGCUGGGCUGGACUCCUAGUUCCCCAGACAAGACCGAAUGACUCGGGCGUGGCCGGGCAGCCAGAGGGCGGGGCCCGAGGGGGGCCUCAGCUAUCCCCAACUGGGCUGCGCUCCGCUCCGCACAGUAGCAGCUCAACUCCGGCUAGCGUGGAGAUCUGCAGGAGCCUCCCUUCAACCCCACUUCUGGGGUCACUGCCACUCUGUCAGGCCAGGUUCAGAUGGACUUUGUCAGGUGGUCCCACUGCCUGCUCCUUCCUUAAUUAAGGGCUGAUGCUGGAAAACCCUCAGGAGAAGAGUCAGGCCUACCCCCGCCGCCGCCCUGGGAACCACAUAGGCUGUAAGAGCCCCAAAGCCCUCUCAGUCACAGCCAUGUACACCUUCCUGCCUGAUAACUUCUCGCCUGUCAAGCCCAAGCCAUCCAAAGAGCUGAAGCCUCUGCUGGGCUCGGCCACGCUGGGGCUGCUGCUGGUGCUGGCUGCAGUCGUGGCCUGGUGCUACUAUAGCGUUUCUCUACGCAAGGCGGAACGUCUGCGCACGGAGCUGUUGGACCUUAACCUUGGCGGCUUCUCCAUCUGUAACCAGAAGGGCGAGCAGGUCUUCCGCCUGGCCUUCCGCUCCGGUGCGCUGGACCUCGACUCCUGCAGCCGUGACGGCGCCCUGCUGGGCUGCUCUCGCACAGCAGAUGGCCGCCCACUUCACUUCUUCAUCCAGACUGUUCGGCCUAAGGACACAGUCAUGUGCUACCGCGUGCGCUGGGAGGAGGAGGCACCAGGGCGCGCUGUGGAACAUGCCAUGUUCCUGGGAGAUGCAGCAGCGCACUGGUACGGUGGCGCUGAGAUGAGGACCCAGCACUGGCCCAUCCGCCUGGAAGGCCAGCAGGAGCCGCAGCCCUUCGUCACCAGCGACGUCUAUUCCUCCGAUGCAGCAUUCGGAGGCAUCCUCGAGCGCUACUGGCUGUCGUCGCGCGCAGCUGCCAUCAAGGUCAAUGACUCAGUGCCCUUCCACCUGGGCUGGAACAGCACGGAACGCUCACUACGGCUGCAGGCGCGCUACCACAACACUCCCUAUAAGCCACCAGCCGGCCGCACCGCGGCGCCAGAGCUCAGCUACCGGGUGUGUGUUGGCUCAGACGUCACCUCCAUCCACAAAUACAUGGUGCGGCGCUAUUUCAACAAACCGUCUAGGGUACCAGCACCCGAGACCUUCCGGGACCCCAUCUGGUCCACAUGGGUGCUGUAUGGGCGCGCGGUGAACCAGGACAAGGUGCAGCGUUUUGCUCAGCAGAUCCGCCAGCACCACUUCAAUAGCAGCCACCUGGAAAUCGACGACAUGUACACACCUGCUUAUGGUGACUUCGACUUCGAUGAGGCCAAGUUCCCCAAUGCCAGUGACAUGUUCCGCCGCCUGCGCGACGAUGGAUUUCAAGUCACGCUCUGGGUACACCCGUUCGUUAACUACAAUUCAUCAUCCUUUGGCGAAGGUGUGGAGCGUGAGCUGUUCGUGCGUGAACCCACCGGCCGGCUGCCCGCGCUAGUGCGCUGGUGGAAUGGCAUUGGCGCAGUACUCGACUUCACGCACCCGGAGGCCCGCGACUGGUUCCAGGGGCACCUGCGGCGGCUGCGCUCGCGCUAUGCCGUGGCCUCCUUCAAGUUCGACGCGGGGGAGAUCAGCUAUUUGCCGCGGGACUUCAGCACCUACAGGCCGCUGCCGGACCCCAACAUAUGGAGCCGGCGCUACACGGAGAUGGCGCUGCCCUUCUUCUCGCUGGCCGAGGUCCGUGUGGGCUACCAGUCCCAGAACAUCUCAUGCCUCUUCCGCUUGGUGGACCGCGACUCAGUGUGGGGCUACGAUCUGGGUCUGCGCUCGCUCAUCCCUGCUGUGCUCACCGUUAGCAUGCUUGGCUACCCAUUCAUCCUGCCCGACAUGGUGGGUGGCAACGUAGUGCCUGAGCGCGUAGCGGGUGGCGGCAGUGUGCCGGAGCGCGAGCUCUAUGUGCGCUGGCUGGAGGUGGCCGCCUUCAUGCCCGCAAUGCAGUUCUCAGUCCCACCCUGGCAAUAUGACUCCGAAGUGGUGGCCAUCGCACACAAAUUCGCCUCACUGAGGGCCUCGCUGGUGUCACCGCUAUUGCUUGAGCUGGCAGGUGAGGUCACUGACACUGGUGACCCUAUUGUGCGACCCCUUUGGUGGAUUGCACCGGAUGAUGAGACUGCGCACCGCAUCGACUCGCAAUUCCUUAUUGGGGACACACUGCUAGUGGCUCCGGUUCUGGAGCCAGGCAAGCAAGAACGGGAUGUCUACCUGCCGGCAGGCAAGUGGCGCAGCUACAAGGGGGAGCUUUUUGACAAGACACCAGUGCUGCUCACCGAUUACCCUGUUGACUUGGACGAGGUCGCCUACUUCAUCUGGGCAUCCUGACCCAGCCCAGGACUGGGGAGCCCGACAGCCCUAAUCCCAGUCUUCAUGCAGACCUUUAACUUUCCAUCACAAUCACACCGUGUAUUCCCAGAAAGUCCCUACAUCUGCACUACCCACUAAGUGGGUGCUGACAUAAUGUGCUGACCUAGCUCCUGUAGGGCCAGGGGAGUGGGCACUGAGGCAACCUCCCACUCCAAUGAGCAAUCCUAACAGCCCCAUUUCCCUCCACCCCCCUCCAGUCUGCAGAAAUCUGUUCCCUGGGGUGGGGGGGGGGAGUGAGUUCAGAGGGUAAAGUUCAGUUCUCUUCCUGUUACACAUGGUUGGGUUUUAAAAGCACAAAAAGAAACCUCACUUGCCAUCCUUGCCAUCUUUGUCUGUCUGAAGUGAGGACUUGAUCCUCUUUAAGGUCCCAAAAUAGCCCCCUGCCACACUUAGAAAGGGCACAUUCUUGGAGUUGGGAGCCAGGCCCUGAGUUCCAAGUACUGGUCUGAACUGUGGCUGACCUGGUCCCACUCCAGCUGAUGAGAAGGGAUGGGGAUACUUGACCAAUUGACAAGGAGGCAGGAAGUCCCCUUGCAAAAUACAGGAGGACUGGGCUCAGCACGGAGCCAUCAUCAUUGCCCCUCAUUUGUGAAGAGACUCCUAACACUGUACUAACUCAUCUGUGUACACACAUGGGUCAAGGCAACCACCUGGUGGGCAAAGACUUGUAAGGUCAUACAGGGUAGACUUGGUGCCUUAACUCAAGAAGGAGAGAGAGACCAUGUGUCCCUGCAUCCAAGGAAUGAACACAACAUCCCUGAGGCUAGAGAAGCCUGGAGGCAGAGGGCAGGGAGCAAAUUUGAGGCUUUGAUUGUUGAAUUGGCCUCCUCCCAGUUGAUGUCCCUGGGACUCUGGUAGGAAAUAAACAGCUCUUUCAAGAUUCCUCUGUUGCCUCACUCCCUGUACACAUGGCAGGGGUGUGGCCUAAAAGGGAGCAAUGUGCUUAUUCUGGUGGUGGUGUGUUUCAGCACAUGAACUACACGUGCACAUCACUGCCUGCAAAUACAGACACAGGGUAAGUAAGGGCUUUCAUUUCAGCCAUUUUCCCUUUCUAAGAAGAACAGUUUCAGCCAGAGAGUUUUUCCUCACUUUGCAGCUGAGUGUGGUGAAAGGAGUGGCUUGCCAGAGGGGGCAGGUGGGAAACAGGGCAGGGCUUAGCUUCCCUCAACAUGGACAGUAGAACCAGUCCCUCACCCCAAGAGAAGGCAUGCCCUGCCCACUGUUCCACCCCUCUAUUUUCUCAGUGUGAAGAAUGCCUAAUGAAAGUUUAAGGGCACUCACAGAUGCCCACCUCCAGUGCUGAUUCUACCACUCAUCUACAAGCUGCAUGACCUUGAGCAACCUGCUUAACCUCGCUGAGCCUCAGUUUCCUCAUAUGUAAAGUGGUGAUAAUAAUACCUACCUCCCAGGUUGUUGUGGAAAUUAUAAGCACAGAUGUAUGUAAAGUGCCUGGCAUAAGUAGGUGCUCAAUAAAAGGUAGUUAUUAUAAUACUG